AUGCUCGUCCAGCAGAUGCCAGCCGUCCAUCACUGCAGCCAGGUGGGCAACGGCCCGAUCACGCUCAGCUUCCUGCGCCCACAAAAAGGCGGGACCUUUCUCUUCAAAAUGGCCUUGCAGGCCCCCAGUGGGCCUCUGCUGCACAAGGAGUGGCAGGCGCACGUGACUGGAGAAGGAAUGGCAGAAGCCGUUGCUAAAGGAGAAGGCUUCGACUUUGUUCCGGCAAACGACUGGCACGACUUCCUCUACCAAAACUGGCUGUUCUUGGCAGCUGGUGUCCUUUCCCUCUUCCUUUGCUGGCUACUGUGUGCCUGGCGAGCCUGCCGAAGGAGCAGCCGAGAGCGUGACCUUGAGAUUGCUCUAGAACGCGAGCGGGCACAGAUCCGAGAUCUGAAUGAGCGUCUGCAGCGCGCUACGCUUUACUCUCCCGCCGCUGCCGCCGGAAAGGGCGCCGGCCGUGGCUUCGCACCCGGCCGUGGCUGGGCCGGCCGCGGAGCGGGUGCUGGCGUCGAGCUGCGCGACUUCCGCCGUUAG